AUGUGGGACUAUUGGGGCGUUACAGUCACGAUCACACCAAUUGAACCAACCAGUUCAAUACGAUUUUCAAAUCAUUGGUGGAAAAGUGUGAUACCCUUGUGGAAGCAAGUUGAGUUCUUCAAAGAGUACCAAACCAGAUUGGUAAGCUAUCUCGGAGUUGACCGUGCCAAGGAAACAAUAAGCGAAGCAGUGUACGCCAUCAGCAUCGCAACAAACGACUUCAUUGAGAACUACUUUGCGUUCACGUCAAACCGGUUCCUCGAAUUCACCGUCGACGAGUACGAGGACUACCUUGUCGGACUCACGCGCGAGUUCAUCAUAGAAAUCUACAACUUGGGAGCUCGGAAGAUCGGUUUCACUGGCAUGUCAGCGAUGGGGUGUCUGCCGAUGGAGCGGAGCAGAAACUUCAUGCUUGAAUGCGUGCAGGACUACAACAAGGUAGCUAGGGACUUCAAUACGAAGGUACAGGCAAUGUGUGAAGAGCUGGGGGCUACAUUGCCAGGGAUCCAGCUUAAAGUGGCUCAGCUCUAUGACUACUUUCUUCACAUCAUCCAAAAUCCAUCCCUCUACGGGUUUGAGAACGUGGAGGUUGGAUGUUGCGCUACUGGGUUGUUCGAGAUGGGCUUUCUGUGCAACCAGUGGAGCCCUUUCACGUGCACGGAUGCAACCAAAUAUGCUUUCUGGGAUGCGGUCCACCCAACCGAGAAGAUGAGCCGAAUCAUCGCCGACUACUUGUUGAACACCACAUUCUUACAUUUCAUUUGAUUUUUAUGGGGCAGACUUCUACGUACGAAGCCUCAUACCUUGUGAUAUAAAGAGUAAUACAUUAGCUUUUCAUAAAAACUGCUGUUGAAUGGAAUACUUACUAAAAUACUAUUAUACAAUUUUAUACGAGACAGUUUGGCAACGUGCACUGUAAUAUAUGAAGGCUCUUUUCGGAUUUUUACCUUUCACACGUUUGUAAUAGGUUAUUCAGAGCCUAUCCGUUGGAGAAGUAAUUUUUAUAUAAUUGAUUUUAGGCUCAUUUGACCU